CUAAAGGGGCCAGGCGUGGAGUCUGCCAUGUAGCUGUGCCUAUCCCCUAGCUAGCUUUUAGUAGAUCUUCCCCCUAAAUUUAGAGGGCAGUAAAUGACCCAUAUCUUAAAUAGAUAGCUAAAGAGCCAUGGACAUAUUCUGGCAUAAAUGCAGGGUUAAAUGUUACUAGGGUUACAGGCUUUGUUGUUGUGAGCUAGACUGCUAAUUUAGCUAACGUCGUUAGCUAUAUAACUAGCUAUUCAGAGCUAACGAGCGGUGCUAGGUUAGCAAGACAAAUAGCUAGUUAUCUAGACUAGUCAGCUACCAAAUUGACCAGACAAGAGACCAUUCCGCGAAAGGAGAGAAGUCACGGAGACGUGACGCCAAGGUUCAUCUAAACGAGAAUCUCUUGUCAGAGGGACCACAUGGAUACAGAGAACAUGCCUCCCCCUUACGAGGACAACCGAGAUGCGGAGCGUCAGAGUCGUCAGUCCCGCAGCAGGAGCACGGCUGGGAAAGGUUCCGAGGCGUCGGUACGAACUCUGAAACGGGACAAGAGUCGGGACGGAGAAAGAGAUGAGAGGGACAGCUGUGCUGGGGACCAGGCUAAGACACGGACACAGGAAGUGGAUCCGGACCGGGACCGCAUGUCAGACAGAGAGCAUCGGAGGAGCAGCUCUUUCUACUCUGAGGACUACGAGAACCUAACACCCUCGGAACACACGCUGUCGCCCUACUCCCGUACGCCCUCCCCCAGCCCUCGCAGAAAGGGACCUCGCGCAAAGAGGGUCUCCAGCAGUCCUCUACACAAAACAGGCGUCCGUCGGGGUGUGUCUCGCCCUCCCCGCGUGGGUGCCCAGCCCCAGCGGGCUCAGCGUUGGGGGGUACGGACCGAGUCCCAGAGCCUGAUCAAGGACACCACGGCACCCCCUAAAGAUCUUGACCUGGUGACCAAGCGCAUGCUGUCGGCCCGCCUGUUGAAGAUCAACGAGUUACGCAACGCCCUGGCAGAGCUACAGCUCCACACCGACCAGAUAACUAAGGAGAACCGCAUCCUCAGACAGCUCCAGCACCGCCAGGAGAGGGCGCUGCAGCGAUACGACGACACGGAGAGUGAGAUCGCCCAGCUGCUGUCGCGCCACGCCAACGAGACCACAGCUCUGCGGGAACGUCUACGGCGGACACAGGAGAGGGAGCGGGACACUGAGAGGCGACUCAAAGACACACAGGAGCAGCUGCAGCGUAGCCAGUCGUCCCUGGGUCGUCUGAGGCGUCUGGCAGAACAGCAGGAGUUAGGUCCCAGGGAGGAGCUCACCAGGAGACUGGAGCAGGAGAGGGCCAAGGACCAGGAGAACCAGCUAAAGAUCAAGGAUCUGGAGCGCAGAGUGGAACUGAGCAUCAGUAGUUACCAGAGACAGCUAGCUACAGAGAGGAGGAAGACCAUCAGUACCCAGGACCAGGUCUCAGACCUGCAGGAGGAGGUGGAACGACUCAGCAACAAACUCAAGGAGAAGGAGAGGGAACUGGACACUAGGAACAUCUAUGCCAACCGCUUGUUGAAACCAUCGCCCAGGAACACAGACAGCACCACAAAGAGGAAAGGCCCCAGUAUGUCCAGCUCUAAGGCAGUACAGACAGUGAACGAGAACUUGAGUCUCGACUUCCCGUCACCGCCCCCGGCCGUCACCGAGGGCAACUAUCACUACAACGACCAAGCCCCUGAUGACUACCUGUCACUCAAGCCAGGUGUCUCUAGUACACCUUACAGCUCUAGGGAGGUUGACAUAGCAGAGCGAAGGCUGAAGGAGACUGAGGAGAGAAAGGAGAGAGGGGAGCGAGAGAGGGUACAGAAGGAGAGAGAGAGGGAGAAGCAGAGGAUUGACCUGGAGUUGGACACACUUGAGGAAAAGACCAAGAGACUGAGAGAUGGCUGGGAGAAAGAGGAGGAGGAGAGUAAGAGGCUGAUUCAGAAGGAGGAAGAGAACAGGAAGAGGCGUGGCCAAGUCCAGGAAGAGGUUGCGAGGCGGAACCAAGAGGCGCUAGCCAGUCAGGAAGUGGCGGAGGCAGAGCGUCGCAGGAAGGAGCAACUAUUGGCAAAGCUGAGGGAAAUUGACAAGCAGAACGAGCCACCACAGAACGCUGGGCUGUUCUACGAGGUUAACCCAGAACCCCUGGAGUCUAGCUCAGGUUCCACUGCACGUUCUCCUCCACGGCUCUCCGACCCACGGAACCAGAACCCUUCCAUCUUCAGCUUCACUGAGCCGGAGGAGAUGGGCGGUCUGCGUGGGGGAGCGGGGAGCAGGGAGGGGGGCAAGUCAGGGCGAGGCGGGGCAGAGAGCGGUUUGGGUCCAGGAGCGGGGACUGGGAGGAGAGGGAUGAGGGCUCAGGACUCAAGCGAGGACCUGGCUUUCGGUAGCUACGCCCCGUCCUUUGGACGGCCGGCCCCACGAGGGGGUACAGGCUUCCCAACCCCACCGCCGCCCUCGGCUCUGGACGCUCUGCUGGGGCGGUCAGAGAGAGAGGAGAGAGGAGGACCAGGCCCGGGAAAGGAGAGGAAGUCUACAUUGUUGCAGCAGCUCUUUGGCCCCCCAUCCAGCCCCUCUCCGAUCUCCGACAGCCCCCCAGACGUCCUCUUUAACCCUCCCACUUCCACCCUCACCGGGCCCCGCAACUGCAGAGAAGGCUUUUUCCCCUUUGAGCCCAAGGCCCCUGCCCCAACAGGUUCCCUUGGACCCUUCCUUUCCUCGCUCCACGUGACCGAGAGCAGGCCGGCCGUACGAGCCAUUGCUUCCUUCGACGACGACAUCGAGGAACUCAAACUUUGAUCAAAUCACUUUUUUGAGUAGGAACUCGCGGUCUGAUUAGUCAACGAAGGAGGAAGUGACACUUGGAUUGGCCGUUGAGGCUGUUAAUCACUAUACUAAGGGUGGGACCCGGUGGUUGGGUUUUCACAGGGUUUUAAAAAGCACUAAGUCGUAUUUGUUCUGCUAUCAGAUCAAACUAAGCCUGGUUAUGGACUGUUUUAUGUGAUAGAUCAAUGUCUCUCAGUGUGUGUGUCAAUACCAUGUGUGAAUGUUGCUCAGGGGAGUCUGUAAAAUCAGGGAAGAACAGCAGCAUUUUCAGACAGACUUAGGCUCCGCCUCAAAUGGUGCCCUAAUGAAAACCGCUUUAACGUUGAAUGAAGCACAGAGGAAGCAGCUGUAAUGUUGACAGCUUUAUUAACGUUGGUUAUUGAAUUGUUGCAUCAGAGAUACAUUGUAUAUACAAAAGUAUGUGGACACCCCUUCAAAUUAGUGGAUUUCACUGUUUCAGCCACACCCGUUGCUGACAGAUGUAUAAAAUUGAGCACACAGCAAUGCAAUCUCCAUAGACAAACAUUGUCAGUAGAACGGCCUUGCUGAUGAGCUCCGUCAUAGGAUGACACCUUUCCAACAAGUCAGUUCGUCAAAUUUCUGCCCUGCUAGAGCUGCCCCAUGUCAACUGUAAGUGCUGAUAUUGUGAUGUGGAAACGUCUAGGAGCAACAACGGCUCAGCCGUGAAGUGGUAGGCCACACAAGUACACAGAACGGGUCCACCGAGUGCUGAAGCGCGUACAAAUCGUCCAGUUCCAAACUGCCUCUGGAAGCAACGUCAGCACAAUAACUGUUAGUCGGGACCUUUAGGAAAUGGGUUUCCAUGGCUGAGCAGCCACAUACAAGCCUAAUAUCACUAUGGGCAAUGCCAAGCGUCAGCUGGAGUAAAGCUCGCCGCCAUUGGACUCUGGAACAGUGGAAACGUGUUCUCUGGAGUGAUGAAUCACACUUCACCAUCUGGCAGUGUGACGGAUGAAUCUGGGUUUAGCAGAUGCCAGGAAAACGCUACCUGCCCCAAUGCAUACAGACAACUGUAAAGUUUGGUGGAGGAGGAAUAAUGGUCUGAGGCUGUUUUUCAUGGUUCGGGCUAGGCCUCUUAGUUCCAGUGAAGGGAAAUCUUAACGCUACAACAUACAAUGACAUUCUAGAUGAUUCUGUGCUUCCAACGUUGUGGCAACAGUUUGGGGAAGGCCCUUUCCUGUUUCAGCAUGACAGUGCCCCCGUGCACAAAGCUAGAUCUAUACAGAAAUGGUUUGUCGAGAUUGGUGUGGAAGAACUUGACUGGCCUGCACAGAGUCCUGACCUCAACCCCAUCGAACACCUUUGGGAUGAAUUGGAAUGCCGACUUCGAGUCAGUCCUAAUUGCCCAACAUCAGUGCCCGAAUGGAAGCAAGUCCCGGCAGCAAUGUUCCAACAUCUAGUGGAAAGCCUUCCCAGAAGAGUGGAGGCUGUUAUAGCAGCAAUGUUCCAACAUCUAGUGGAAAGCCUUCCCAGAAGAGUGGGGCUGUUAUAGCAGCAAAGGAGGAACCAAAUUCAUAUUAAUACCCAUGAUUUUGGAAUGAGAUGUUGGACAAGCAGGUGUCCACAUACUUUUGGUCAUGUAGUGUAGCUUGAGUGUACAGCUAGUGUGCAUCAAAUGGCACCUUUUUUCCAUAUAUAGUGCACUACUUUUAACCAGCCCAUCGAGCUCUGGCCAAAGUAGUGCACUAUGUAGGGAAUAGGGCUCUGGCCAAAGUAGUGCACUAUAUAG